UCAUUUCCCCCUCUCUCAUGCCUGUAUUAUUCAUCAUCGCAAUUCACUCCAGUGAACAUACAUGAACGAAAUAUAUUUUUUAUUCAUUAACAACAAAUUAAACAUUAAAUAUAAAAAAAAAAAAAAAUAGUUCGCGUCGGCGCGAGGUAAAAAACACUGACACACACGCAUUACAACAAUAAAAAAUAAAAAAAAAAAAGGGUCGUGGGCGCGUCGGCGUUUUUGUGUGUAUUAUUUAAAAAAAACAAUAACCGUCAAAGUAAAUUUACAAUAUUUACCAAAAGUUUAUCCUAAAAUAAUUGUGUAAAUAAUUAAUUAAAAAAAACAACAGAUAACAAAAAGGGGGAUUGAUCAAAAUAAAAAAUUGGAUUAAUUUUGUGGUUUUUUUAUUGUUUUGUGAUUAUCAGUAACAAUGGGGUGUGCUGUUAGCACCCAGGGUGACAAGGCAGCAGCCGAGAGAUCCAAAAAAAUUGAUAAAGAUUUACGUGCUGAUGGUGAAAGAGCUGCCAGUCAGGUCAAGCUAUUAUUACUUGGCGCUGGUGAAUCUGGUAAAUCAACAAUAGUUAAACAAAUGAAAAUAAUACAUGAAACUGGCUAUAGUAGAGAAGAAUGUCAACAAUACAAACCAGUUGUUUACAGCAAUACAAUACAAAGUUUAAUGGCAAUAAUACGUGCAAUGGGACAACUUAGAAUUGAUUUUUCAGAUCCAAGUAGAGUUGAAACAGCAAGACAAUUUUUUACUCUUGCAUCAGCAACAGAUGAGGGUGAUUUAACUGUUGAGCUAGUAACAUUGAUGAAAAAAUUAUGGCAAGAUGCUGGUGUACAAGCAUGUUUUUCACGUGCAAGAGAAUAUCAAUUAAAUGAUUCAGCAGCAUAUUAUUUAAAUGCACUUGAUCGUAUAUCACAACCAAGUUAUAUACCAUCACAACAAGAUGUGUUAAGAACACGUGUUAAAACAACUGGAAUUGUUGAAACUCAUUUUUCAUUUAAAGGACUAGAUUUCAAAAUGUUUGAUGUUGGUGGACAAAGAUCUGAACGUAAAAAAUGGAUUCAUUGUUUUGAAGGUGUAACAGCAAUAAUUUUUUGUGUUGCAAUGAGUGGUUAUGAUCUUGUUCUGGCUGAAGAUGAAGAAAUGAAUCGUAUGGUUGAAUCAAUGAAGCUAUUUGAUUCAAUAUGUAAUAGUAAAUGGUUUAUGGAUACAUCGAUAAUAUUAUUUUUAAAUAAAAGAGAUUUAUUUGAAGAUAAAAUACAAACAAGUCCAUUGACAAUAUGUUUUCCAGAAUAUACUGGAGCUAAUAAUUUUGAUGAAUCAUCAAAUUAUAUUAAAAUGAAAUUUGAAAAUCUCAAUAAAAGCAAGGAUCAUAAACAAAUUUAUACACAUUUUACAUGUGCAACUGAUACAUCAAAUAUUGAAUUUGUAUUUGAUGCUGUGACUGAUGUUAUUAUUAAUAAUAAUUUGAGUCAUUGUGGUCUUCUUAGUUAAACAAUUAUUA